AUUUGCUGGAGAAGUGGCUCGGGGUUUCGAUAGUAGAGAAAGAAGUUGAUUUAAGCUCAGACAGAUAUUUCAAGCUUCAAGGGACUGGAAGUCUGGACUGAGAAGGAUUUACUCUCCCCAAAGUCCUAUUAAACAGGGAGUGAACCUAUAUUUCAGGGUCCCUCAAGUACUGGGGUUCCUGCAGAACUUACACUAUAAGCACCUGCAAGACCAGCUGCCUCUGGACCUCUUGCUUGUGAUUUUCAGCCUUCCAGAUUGAGGGCUGUAUCAUCAGCACCUUUAAAAGUCAAUCCUUCAAGGGGAGAGAAUUAAGCAUCAGUGAAGACUGACUGGCAUUUGUGAGUGUGAGCGUGCGUGAAUAUGUGUCUGUGUGUGAGAGAGCGAGCGAGCCAGAGCGCGCGUGUUCUCAUUAGGGGACGAUCUAUGAUUUGACAGCCUCACGGCUGCUGCUCCUGCUGCUGCUGCUGCGGCUGUAUGGUCUGUCAUCAGUUGCAAAGGGCUGCGAGGGUUUAGAGGAACUGCAGCUCUGAAGACUGAGCACUGCUCAGUGGCCUCGCUCUUAAGUUAAGUGGAGGAGGUUUUCUCCAGGAUUGGAAACUUGGACUUAUUACUGCUUCAUCUACCCGGAAAAGCAGGCAGCGCUACAGAGGAAAGGGAGAGAGAAGCACUGUGAUAAAGGCAGGGCACUGGAAAGAAGAUGUUCUAAGAAGUGUUUUAGAGAAACUUCAAGCCCCUGAAGAUGGAAAACGAGACAGUAAGUGAACUGAACCAAACCCAGCUCCAGCCACGAGCAGUCGUGGCCCUAGAAUACCAAGUGGUCACCAUCCUACUUGUGCUCAUUAUUUGUGGUCUGGGCAUCGUGGGCAACAUCAUGGUGGUCCUGGUGGUCAUGAGAACCAAGCACAUGAGGACACCCACAAACUGCUACCUGGUGAGUCUGGCAGUAGCCGAUCUCAUGGUCCUGGUGGCUGCAGGCCUCCCCAACAUAACAGACAGUAUCUACGGUUCCUGGGUCUAUGGCUAUGUUGGAUGCCUCUGCAUUACUUACCUCCAGUACUUGGGCAUCAAUGCAUCCUCUUGUUCAAUCACAGCCUUUACCAUUGAGAGGUACAUAGCGAUCUGUCACCCCAUCAAAGCCCAGUUUCUCUGCACAUUUUCCAGAGCCAAAAAGAUCAUCAUCUUUGUCUGGGCUUUCACAUCCAUUUACUGUAUGCUCUGGUUCUUCUUGCUGGAUCUCAAUAUUAGCACCUACAAAGAUGCUAUUGUGGUGUCCUGUGGCUACAAGAUCUCCAGGAAUUACUACUCACCUAUUUACCUAAUGGAUUUUGGUGUCUUUUAUGUUGUGCCGAUGAUCCUGGCCACUGUCCUCUAUGGGUUCAUAGCUAGGAUCCUCUUCUUAAAUCCUAUUCCUUCAGAUCCUAAAGAAAACUCUAAGACAUGGAAAAAUGACUCAACCCAUAAGAACAAGAAUUUGAAUUCAAAAACCUCUAAUAGAGGUUUCAACAGCACAGUAUCUUCAAGGAAGCAGGUCACCAAGAUGCUGGCAGUGGUUGUAGUUCUGUUUGCCCUUUUAUGGAUGCCCUACAGAACUCUUGUGGUUGUCAACUCAUUUCUCUCCAGCCCUUUCCAAGAAAAUUGGUUCUUGCUCUUUUGCAGAAUUUGCAUUUAUCUCAACAGUGCCAUCAACCCAGUGAUUUACAAUCUCAUGUCCCAGAAAUUCCGUGCAGCCUUCAGAAAACUCUGCAAUUGCAAGCAGAAGCCGACAGAGAAACCCGCUAACUACAGUGUGGCCCUGAAUUACAGCGUCAUCAAAGAGUCCGAUCACUUCAGCACAGAGCUCGAUGAUAUCACUGUCACUGACACUUAUUUGUCUGCCGCGAAAGUGUCUUUUAAUGACACCUGCUUGGCUUCUGAAAUAACCUUUAGCCAAAGCUGAUUCAUGAAUUAGAAGAAAAUGGACCACAGAGUAAAUGAGAAUCUGUGCGGUGAUCAACCCAAGAGAGGAAACAGCCAAGAUUCGUAUGUGACGACAGAGCCCAUAAAGUCUUCACCAAUGCUCCAACAAAUCCUUGCCCAAAAUACCUUAACCCAUGAGAAUGACUCAAAUUUCCCUUCUACUAUCACAAAAAUGGAGCAGAUCUGUGAACUAGCCAAACAGUGGAAACUGAAAAUGUAGCCCUUUCCAUUAAAUUUGAGAAAUUCACCAUAUUUUCUGGGGCUUUGAAGUUUAGAUGAAAUGAGACAUCAAUUACAUUGUUCAUAAUAACUUUAUCAAAUGUGAUUUCUCAACCCUUCCCUCCAAAAUUAUUUAUACAUUUGAUAAUUUUGCACUUUGCAAAUGUUUAAAUGUUUGCAUUUAGUAUUUCAUUUUAACAAAGUUAUAGUGCUGUUUCAUGAACAUCUGAAACCAGAGGGAAAAAUAGAAAAAACAUUUCAUUUAUUGAGUAAAAUGAGAUUUCAAACAAAUAUGUUCACUGUAUUAAAAACAAACAAAGGCAUCACAAUGCUUAUAAAAUUCUAAGGUGACUUUUAUAUCUUACAAAAUAGAUGAUCACUAUUCAAUUUUAAUGUAAAAUAAACCUCAAAAUAGUCAAAAUUAUAAAUUGUAAAGACAUAGAUUUGAUUUUUACAUAAAGCUGGCUCUUGUCAACGCUUUGAACCUCCUUAAUGAUGGGUGAGGCGGGAGAAAUAUCCAGAUUAAAUAACUGUGAAGAUACAAACUAACAUAUAAUUAAUACUGAAAAGUAUAGCCAAGACAAGACCAAGUAUUAAAAUGAGAUUUUACUUUUUCUCUGAAACUUUUAAAGAAGAAAAUCUUUUUUGAGCACUCUUGUGUAUAAACUACUGAGCCAUGUCAAGCGAAUCCUUCUAGCUGAAUCUAGCUUAAAAGUCUGAAUGUCUCAAAAGCUUAGUUACUGUUGUAAGGCAGCCAAAGCCUGACUAUUACACUUUCAGAUGAAGACUCCCCACUGAGCAUUGUAGUCUACGGAUUUUCACUUGUCUACAAUUGUCUUUCCUCCUUGCCUGCUUGUCAUUUGUAGGCUCUCAUUUUUUUUUCAAAUGCUAGUGAUAUUUUCGUUUACAGAUUCUAAAUCAAAGCAAAGCAAAAUUCCUUUGGCUUUAUUUUCAAUAGAGCUAAAACUGAUUUCAUCUCGCUAUCAAUGUCUCUUUAUAGUUAUGACUUAGACCUGCUGUAAAAUCUAUUUCAGUGAUUACUAAAGAGGUAUGAAUGUGAGUCUGCCCAGGACUAAUGUCAGGUCCUUUGUCAAUCCCUUUCAAAUGACUCAUCUCCUGAGAUUUGACCAGUCAGUAUCUCCAAGUGUAUAAAUUGCCCUUGGUGAUGGCUCAGUAUUAGCUGACUUUUAAUGAAAGAGUCAAAAAGUACUGGAUACCUUUAGGGGUCCCAUAGACUGGCAUUUUCCCUCGCCAGCCUAUAUUCCUAUUUUGUGGAUUUUUCUGAAACUUUUGCUAAUGGUAAUUACCCCUCCUCACCUCCUUUAUGAAGAAUGUAUCAUUCUAUUUUGAAAACUCCAGUCUUAAAAUGCUGUUUCAUGGAGACUUUACCAUCUAGAACCUCAGACCAGAAUAUGCUUUUGUGAAAACUGGCAUCGUCUACUCCAGGAAGACAUUCUUAUCCUGUCUCUGUAUCAGUAAACAAAUGUAAGCAAAUAUUUAUAGGAAAUAUCCUAAAAGUCUAUCUGCAUGACACUAGGAAAUCUAUUUUAACUGACUUUUCAUCCUGGAUUAAAUAUUAAUGUUACAAUCAUAUAGAUAGAGCAUCAGAUUGAUCUAAUCCCAAAUCACACAAGCACAUGUGCAAGUGCAUACAAACACGUACCCACAUGUGCACAAAUUGCUUAAUGAAGGGGACUGGAAUAUAUUGGAUGUUUUCAUUAGGAAAAAGAACCCGUAUCAUUGAACAUCUACCAUGUCUCAGGCACGCUGGUAGGUACUUAAUCAACACUGUCUUCCUCAUAGUCUUAUUAUAGCUGGAGUUCUCUGAAGAUAAGACCAGGAAUCAGGGAUCAAUGCAGCUUCCCUAAAUUGUGUAGAUGCUGGAGAGAGAAAAUAUGUCUUUCUUUUGUCUUUUUCUUUUUUUUAAGCCAGUAUGCUGAUGACCUGGGACCUUUUUUUUAAGCCAACAUGCUGGUGACAUCUUGUGACAUGAUGGCCUAAAUAAUUAAAAAUAUAUAUAGAUUGCAGAGUGGUAAUAUCAGAUAUAGAAAAAAAUUACAAUCAGUUUUACGUGUUUUACACAGAACAUAAUACACUCUUCCCACCUUUGGAAAUUUAAUAUAUGGGCUCAGUUUUUCCAUUUUAAUUUUUAAAAGUUAUUUGCUAAGAAUCUGUUAGUUUUAGACCACAAGGGAAAUUCAGAAGAGCACAGUUCAUAGUGUUUCAACUCUAAAGCAAAUGCCGUUAUGAAAUUAAAUGUUCUCAUUCAAUGUCCAGUAGAUAUUUGGGUUCACACAGAAGAGACAUAAAGUAUUCUUUAUCACACUGUACUAACUCAUAAAAUAUUUCCACAAAUAAUCAAAACUUAAUAUACUAUCAAAUGAAAGAUAAAGAACUAGAUUAAAAAUUGCUGAUGGAGUGAAGUAAUAUUACUAAGGGCCUCCCUUAAUAAAAUUUAUCGAGUUAUUUUAUUACUUCCGUUUUCAUUAAUUGCUGAGUGUCUUUGGUUAGAUCUUGCACCUGAGGUAAUUAGGUAAAGGGCACAGAUUAUGAGUAAAACAAGCAAACAUUAAUUCCCUCUUAAGACUUCUCCAUCAGCAUUGUGAGUUUAUUUCUAGAGCUUUACUCUAACACAGGUAUUCUAAAUGCUAAAGAGAAAUGGGAAAAGUCCAAAUUAUAUUCAUUCUUAAACAGGUUAGAUGUACAGAACAAUAUGCUUUGAUAAUAUUUCAAAACAAAUGGCUGGUUUGAGCUAAAUAAUGUGUAAAGUCAAAGGAAAACUAUAGCCAUAAAACUUAGGUUAGCAUAACUAGGUCUUUGGUGGAUACCUGAAUUGUUUCAUUGUCAGAAGAAUGUGUUGGAAUUAUAAGGACAAUAUAUGUUGAUAAAGCUGGGUCCACACGGUUUUGGUCUUCUCUUAAAGAAUAAAAGAGUGACCUCAUUCUAAACUAUGUUAAAUCUGUAAACAUUAUGGAAGAGAGAAAAUAUUAACCUUUUUUGGAGGAAAGGGAGAUUUUAAGUAAUUCACCAUGAUUCUAUGAAUUCUACAGAUAUUCUAUUCAAUAUUAUUUUUGCCUCUCAACUGCAACUCACAAAAGGAUUGGAAUAUUUGUGUGUGGAAUAAGGAGAUUAGAUGUAAAUGAGAGAGCAUCCAGAAAAAACUAGUCAGUCCCAGGUUCAAAAACAAUUUUUUUCAAAAGUUUGGAAUCACUUGUUCCCCUUGGACUAAGCAGAGGAUGAAAAUCUCCAGCAAUUUGUUUUCUGUUUAUCUUUAGCUGUCUCCAGGAACUAACCAUCAAAACCAAGAUUUGGCUGAGCAAAUAUAACUUUUUAGAGCUAUACACACGAAGAAGUUCUACAGAGCUCUGUAGUGACAAAUAUAUUUUUUGCUCCUUCACCUCCUCUGCUAUUGAACUCUUAUCCCUCCACAAACAUUUCCUGCCUCAGAGCGGGCAGUUUCAUCUGACUACAAUAAAGACUUAACCCGGACAGGAAAUAUCUUAAGCAAAAGUAUAAACAUUCUUCCAAAUAUGUGUAUUUAUAAGAAAAUGUCUUGUUCUGAACAUUUUCAUGCUUUCAUAAAAUCAUGUUUAAAUUAUGGAAAAAUGGAUGCUUCUAUAAUUUCUGUUUAACUUUUGUCCCCAGUUUCAUGGUGGGAGUCUUGUCUAGAGCAGAGCUGCUCAAUACAGCUUUUUUCCCCACAGAAUAAAGAAGAGGUUUGGGAUUUCAGAGGCUUCAGUGAGAAAUCAAUAAAAGAACACUCCAUAUGUGAAAAACCACUGCAGAAAACGGAGGUUCUCCCCAUUCUUAAGGAGCUCACAGUCCAAUGAAGAAAAGCAAGACAAUAUGGUAUCAUCUCAAGACAUAACUGUUUGGCAAUAUUUAGAAUACAAAUUAGACAUGUGAGAAAUGUUUCAAAGAAGCCAUUGUUAAAAGUCUAUUUGGAAAUGCCUUAAGAUGGCUUUUAAUAUAAAGAUCAUUUGCAGUUUGUGAUUCUAUUUUAUGAACUAUAAUAAGAAAUAUCAAUUAGUUUAAUUCUGACCUUCAUUGAUUACACAGGGAGAAAAGAAUGGUCAAAUAGGAUCCUGUAAUAUUUUUGUUUAUAUGUUUGGUCUAUAAGUAUAGUCUCAAAUCACUCAGCAGAAAAUCUCAUUUACAAGAGUUGCCCAUUGGAGAAUAGUUUUGUUACUGAGAUGAUUAACGCCAAAUGUACUAUGGUGAUAUAAACUAGAUAUAUGUGGUUCUAAUUUUAAUAGUCAAAUAAUUUCAUUUGAACAGAAUGGCCAUGAACGUUUGUAUACAUUGUCAGGCCUGUUUCCAUUUUUCUACACCAAGCACAUUCGUGGUAAAUCCAAUAUGAGGUGAUUGAUUUAUGCUUUAGAAAUUACAUCUAGAAAAAUAAAGGCGCUGGAUUAAAUAGUACAGCUGGGACAGCAGAUUGUCAGAAUUGUCAAAUGUGGAUCCAGCAAGAACAAAAGACAGUUUUAUGGCCAAUAAACAGCAAAUCCACAUAAUGACUGCCUGUAUGUCCUCACAGAGAAGCAGCAUCUGGGUCAAGUCCUUACUACAAGCUCUCAACUGGAGUGUUGGAAAUGAAAGCACUUUGAAAAUUAUAAAAGUUAAAAAGGAUGGGAUAAACAAUGGAGUUGGCUAGAGCUCCUACAACUUCUUUGAGCCCUGAAGCAACAAUCAUGAGUGAUUAUUGCAUUCCUCACAAAAUAACGGACUUAAUUUUUUUACAUUUGGCUUUCUCUGGCUUGUAAAAAAGAGAGAGUAUGAACUUUCUCAAGAAGGUUAUAGACUGAUAUUGAUAAAGAUGGAGACUUUCCAGAAAAGAAAAACAAGUACAACAUAGCAGUAGAAUAAGACUCCACCUAACCUAACUCAGAAGUCAAUAAGAACAUUCUCUGUAUUCCUAAAAUGGCACAAAAUGCCUCAGUCAGGAGGCUAAAUGUCUACUCCCUAGCCAGGAACAAUAAACCACUCCCACUUUGGUAUGCAUAAGAAUUAUCUGGGAGCUAAUCUUAAAAUGCACUUUAUUUGGCCCCGCCCCAAGAGAUUCUCAUUUAUUAGGUAAUUUUAAUGCCUGUAGUCCUCUGACCACACCUUGAAAACUACUGAGUACUGGUCCCCUAUGUGGAACCUUCAAGUCUCUUAUUUGUUGCAUAAUUUUUAAAAAACAAACUACACGGAAAACUCCUUGAGGGUAAGACUAUUUCAUCUUUGUAUACCACAAAUUAUCUGAACUUGGAUGAUGUCCCUAAAUAUCUGUUAUAUGAAUGAAUAAAUCAACAAAUCCUAAAGUAAGGAAUACAUUUUGAAAUCUUCUGAUAGUGCCCAAUUUGCCUGUAGAUAUGUCCUCACAAUAAGUUAACUACUUUUAUUUGCUUUUUUAUCUUUUAAACAGUUCUCCUGGCUCAGAGAAAGGCACUGCAUUAAGUAUCUAGAUCACAGUCAGAACAAUCCCUUAUGUAUGCAUAAUGCUUGACAAUUUCAAUUGCACUUUCACAUCCUAAUUUAAUAAUCCACUUAAUUUAAUAAUGAGAAAUAAAGAAGACUAAUACAUUGUCGAUCAGCCCUCAAGGAGAUUACAAUUUAGUGACAACAUACUAACACGGAAACAUAUAAGAAAUACAACAUACAUAAUUGGAAGCCAAAUAGUGUGAUUUCAGACUACAAACUGAGCUUUUCAGAAGAAAAUUGGAGUCAGUACGACCUGGAGUCAAUAAGGAGGACUUUGUAGACAAGAUAGGACUUCUUUCAUGGAUAGCUUUGAUUCAGAUAGUUAAAGGAAAGACGAUCCAUGUAGGAAAAAUAAGACAAGUGAGGGCAAGGAGACACAAAUAAACCUUAGGGCAAGGCUCUGGGCAUUAAAGACAUGUGCCCAAUCAAGUCCACUUCACGAGGGGUUGAUUGAGGAAGGUAUCUAGUCUUUUAGUAUUUGCCAUCACCAAUAAAGCUUCAAGUAAAGGAAGUCAAGGUCCUAUCUGUACUUUUGUUCGAUAAGGAAAUAUUCACCCAUACACUAGAAUAUAGAGUCAAAAACGCAUAGGCCAACUAUGUUUCUUUUCUAAAGUUGUGAAUUUCAUUUAUUAUAUAUAGAAAAUGUAGUACAUUAUUUGUCUUACAAGUGCUAUAAUUCUAAAAGUAUUCUUAUGGUCUUAAUUUUCCAAGUGAAAAAUAUGUAUGUAUAUAUAUAUACAUAUAUAUAUCUUUGUUUCUAUAUUAUAUUGUCACCAUAUAUUUAAAAAUAUUUAUACCUGUGUAUAUUAUUCAAGGGUCCUUAACAACUGUGGAUUUUCCAAUUAUGCUAAAUUUACAGAUCAGAGCUAGCUCAGGGACCUAGGCCUUUCAUGAACUUAAGCUUCAAGACUAAACAUGAAAUUGAAAAGCACGUAGUGAUUAGCUUAAGACUACUCGUGACAACAUCGUGGACUUGCAUGUUGCUUAUGAUGUGCUUCUGAAUGUGUUGGCUUCCUUCUAUCAGUUUCAGAAAGUUUUAUGCUGACUUACUUCAUCACUUGGAAUUAAUUGUUGUGUCCUUGUAGGACAAAGACUCUUCUUUAAGAAAGUACGGUGUUAUGUGUUCUGCUGUGGGAAACGGUGUGUGUGUUCCAACAUUUUUUUGUUUUGUGAACAAUAAAGCUUC